AUGGAUAGAUCAAAUGAGCAAGGUGCAAAGUCCAAAGCUAACGAUCUGCCUGGAUUAAUUAUGCGGUCUACAUUGGAGAUGACUGACAUCAAGGCGAGAAAGUAUCUGUACUUAAAGCUAGUUCGAAGCAAUCUUGCGUACGCAUCCCAAGUAUUGUGUCCACAAUCCGUACAGUUAAUUCAAAAUAUUGAGAAGAUGCAGAGAGGGGCAAGUACCAGGUUUAUUAUUAAUCUUGGGUUUGUCACCAACAUACCAUAUCCAUCAAGACUACAUAAUCUAUACCUACUACCCAUAACUUACUGGCACGAGUACCUGGAUAUAUUCAUACUCUAUAAAAUCAUUAACAACAUAUUGACAACAGUGCUCGGCUGGUUAUAUCUGGAUCAGGAAUCACUAGAAGUGAAACCAACAACAAUCGAAUUAAAUUAG